CGGGAGAAAAUUGGCAUCGUUGGUAGAACCGGCGCUGGCAAGUCAUCCUUAAUCCAGGCGCGCUUCCGCCUGUCCGACAUGGACGGUCUGAUUAAGAUCGAUGAAGUCGACACAAGCUAGAUUGGCUUGCACGAUUUGCGCUCCAAGAUCAGCAUUAUCCCUCAAGAACCGUUCCUGUUCUCUGGCAGCCUGAGACGGAACCUCGAUCCGUUCGACUCGUAUAUGGACGAACCACUAUGGCGAGUUCUUGAGGAGGUCGAGUUGAAGGAGAUGGGCUUGGAAGCCCACAUCAAUGAGGGCGGCUCCAAUCUCAGCGUCCGCCAACGGCAAUUGGUCUACUUGGCACGAGCUAUUGUGAGGAACAAUCCAAUACUCGUGCUGGACGAGGCGACCGCGAAUGUGGACCUGCGAACAGACGAACUCAUCCAGACAACUAUGAAGAAAAAAUUCGAGAAGUGUACAGUGCUAACAAUUGCUCAUCGACUCAACACCGUUAUGGACAGCGAUCGUAUGGCUGGCCAAUGGCGAUGA